AUGAAACUAGAAAGUGAACUAUCUUUCCGCCAUUCUAAAAUGGGUGUCGAGGUGGAAUCUCAAUCGUUUGAAUUUAAUGAUAGUGAUCAAAACUCACCUAGCUUCAAAUCACGGAAUCAGAAGGCAAAGGAAUAUGACAACAGAGACUCGAAGAAUGUGAAGAAGAACGAACAGGAUUUCGAUUCAUACAACAGCAUUGUUGAUUUGAAAAAGGGUUACGAAGCACAGGUAAUGGACUCACAUGAGCCUGUAUCUCAUUCUUCAAAGGAUAUUGGAUCAUUUAUGAUGUUUGCAAAUGAUAAAGAAUCAGUUAAAAAGUCCGUCGCUGCACCAAUCUCCAAUCCUCAGCAAGUCGAUAAAUUUCAGAAUCCGGUAGAUGUCUUUGUGGACCGAACUGUUCCCGAAUGUGAACCAGAAAUGGAAGUUUGUUACAAAGAGAAUAGUUACCAUGUUGUGAAGGAUAUAUGCGUUGAUAAAGGAGCCUUUACUAAGCAUAAAUUCAUGUUUGACGAAAGCGUUGAUGGAGCCGCUUAUAAUUUCUUCCCAUUGGAGAAUUUUGAGUAUAACCGAAAUCCAAAAGAUAACACUGGUAUGAAGGUGUUAAAUCAACCAGAAACUGAUGAUUCUGACGAGGCAUCUUCUAAUCAUGAUCAGCACAAUGAUGUGAUUCACAAAGAUGACAGUGAGAUUGAAGAACUUGUUGAUAACUUCACCAAAGCGAUGGAGUCACGUGAAGACACACAAGAUUCUAUACCUACUGGUGGCAAGGAUGAUCAGCUUUCCGUUGAACAUAAUUCACACUCCCAGUUGAAAGACUCAAGUAAUAUGAUUGAGGAAGAAGUAUUGGCAAGUCCCGCUUUAGGAUUAACUGUUGAUGAACCGGAAAGUGAUUAUCAAUUUGGGCCUUCAGCUCCUGCGGUCUGUGUCAAAAAGGAACUUCACCAAUUUGGUGGUUGUAACUGUGAUGAAACUCAACUUCCUCUUACUACCAUUGAAGGUUCGUCUGGUGAUUUUUCUGAAAUUCAACUUGCUGAAACAAGUCAGAUUCGAAGUGACUUAGGCGAGUCAAGUUUUUCUGCCGCAGGCACAGUAUCAGGUCGUAUAAGUUACUCAGGGUCUAUACCUUAUUCUGGAAGCAUCUCUAUUCGAUCCGACAGUAGCACUACCAGCACGCGGUCCUUUGCAUUUCCCAUACUGCAAUCUGAAUGGAAUAGCAGCCCAGUGAGAAUGGAGAAACCUGACAAGAGCCGCUACCGGAAGCAACGCAAUUGGAAGACUAGCCUUCUCUGCUGUAAAUUUUAA